ACAGAACGGACCUUGAUAACUUUCGAUUGUCUGCCAGCGAGUUUUUUGAUAAAAUUUGACAUUUAAUUGAAGUUGAGUGAGGCUGGUCAAAUUAUAUUGUCAAUAAAAACAAGUUUAAAAGGCUCCAGCCAUGGGCAAGCCCAUAUCUUGGCCCAAGACAUUAAAUGAACUAGUUCAAAGGGAUAUUAUAAUUAAACAUGCUAUUUUUUAGGGUAACGAAAGUUCCCUGCCCAUGGAGCUAUGCUCUAACUUUGAUGCUGAUGAAAUCCGUCGACUUGGAAAAAGGUUCCGGAAGCUAGACUUGGACAAUUCGGGUGCUCUGAGCAUUGAUGAGUUCAUGUCUCUUCCAGAAUUACAGCAAAAUCCACUGGUUCAACGUGUAAUUGAUAUAUUCGAUGCUGAUGGAAAUGGGGAGGUUGAUUUUAAAGAGUUUAUACAAGGAGUGUCCCAAUUUAGUGUUAAAGGGGAUAAAUUAUCCAAAUUGAGAUUUGCUUUCCGUAUCUAUGAUAUGGAUAAUGAUGGGUACAUUUCUAAUGGAGAAUUGUUCCAGGUAUUAAAAAUGAUGGUGGGCAACAAUUUGAAAGACACCCAACUUCAGCAGAUUGUGGACAAAACCAUUCUCUUUGCUGACAAAGAUGAAGACGGCAAAAUCUCUUUCGAGGAAUUUUGCAAUGUGGUUGGCAACACUGACAUCCACAAAAAGAUGGUUGUAGAUGUUUAAACAUUCUUUGUUUAAACUCCUCUCUCAUAAACCCAUCUUUAAUUCUUCUUUUCCAAUGCAUAAGUUUUAAAAAAUCACUUAAAAAUAGUAUCUCUAUACAUAUAUUUAAAGAAAACUUAAACUUCAAAAGAGGUUGGUGUAUUGAGUAGUCCCAUCACGGCUUGUUUCCUUCCACAUUAUAUGUAUUUUGUGAUUUUAGGGGUAUAGUUGUCAAAAUAAACCGUCCUGUCAGAUUGAAGGUAUUUAGAAAUGGAGAUUAUGAUCUCUUAAUCUAAAGUUUAUCAACUGAAACCCUGUAUAUUUGUGCUUUAUUGAUUUCAAAGUAAAUUAAAUUCAAUAUGCACUUAUAACACAUGGUUUAGAUCAUGUUUUCUACAGAUAUAUACAUGGUGUUUUAAAAAAUAUGAAUUACUGUAACUUUUUUACCAGUUAUAGGAAAAAAUCCACUCUCUCUAUUCUUGUAGUUUUUUUUCGAGUAUCUUUGUUACAUCUUUACUAAAAAGCUGCAAGAAUACUCCUAAUGAUAAGGUGGUGCUAUAAUUAAGGGUUUUUAUUUUUGAAGCACUUCAUAUAAAUCUUCGGCGGUAUUUUUUAAAUCACCCUGUAUAUUAUUCUUCUAAACUGCCAGACGGUUUUCUCUUUAAAGUUUGUAAUUUUGACGGCUAUUUCACCCAUAAAGACAAAGUUAGUUUUUAAGGUAUAAAAUUAAAUCUUUGUAAUCUUAGAUUGACUUAAUCGAAAGAAUAUAAAAAUCUCACAAAGCUAAGUUGUAAAAACGUUUAAAUCGUUGCAAUGUAAAGCUUAAAGUCAUUUAUCUCUCCCAUUUAACACUAAAAACACUAAAAAUAAAAAAAGCUUUUAAAGAAUAUAAUAACAAAACUACAAAAAAAAUUAAAUAAGGUUGUUCUUUAUAAUUCUAGGUGUUGUGUGUAUUUUAUAGCUUUAAGGAAUUUGCAAUUUACUCUAUGCUAUAGUUGCUUGAUUUCUCGAAAAAAAAUUGGGAUUCUGUAGGUUAAUUUUUGUUGUUGAUUUUUUUUAUGUAUACUAACCUAUAAGAUAAGAUAAAAAUAUUAAUUGGGAAAAAGAUCUAUGUAGACUUCUAUUAAGUUCUAUGCGGUGAGUCAGAGCGUAAUACUAAGUCUACAAGGUUAAUAGAAAAAGCACCAAAAAAAGAAUAUUGAAGAAAUGUACGAAAGUUUUUAGGCAUAUACGAUGGAACCAAAAAUUAUGAAACCAAGAGACAAAAAACUAAAUGGCUUUAAUCCUUUUUUGUCUUUUUCUUUCUAUAUAUUUAGAAGAAUUUUCAUGUAUUUCUUCCUAUAUUAAUUAUUUUUUUAUUGGUGCAGUUGGAUUAAUAUCCACUCUUAGUCGUUUUAUUGUACAUUUUAUGUGAAUUAAGAUUAAAACAAGAGUUGUAACAAAAUAUAUUUGCUUGUAGUUGGAGAGUUAUUUAUUCCAAUGUAAUGUUAAUAAAAAAUAUUGAAGAAAUGCGUGAUUAUAUGUUUAUGUUUAUGUUGUUCAAUAAAAAAAUAUUUACCUCUCUG